ACGCAAAAACGCGCAACGCUCUCGCAAACCAAAAUAAUUUUGGAAAAUUUAUAUAUUACUAACAAAAAAGUCUCAAAACAAUUGCACGACAUUGCAAAUAUGUCGAAAGCAGAGCCCGCCACAGUGGAAGCCGCCGAGGAGAACUCGAAUGAGACAACUUCAGAGACGGCGACUAGUUCCUCGGGUGAAAAGGAGGCCGAGUUUGACAACAAAAUUACAGCUGAUCGCAGUAGACGCUUUGACUUUCUGCUAAAGCAAACGGAAAUUUUCACGCAUUUUAUGACAAACAGCGCCAAGAGCCCAACCAAGCCAAAGGGCCGACCCAAAAAGAUCAAGGAAAAAGAAAAGGAUGUGGCAGAUCACCGGCAUCGCAAAACGGAGCAGGAGGAGGAUGAGGAACUGCUGGCUGAAGAUUCCGCAUCCAAGGAGCUGUUUCGUUUCGACUCCUCGCCGGCUUAUAUCAAAGGCGGCGAAAUGCGUGACUAUCAAAUACGUGGCCUCAACUGGAUGAUAUCGCUAUAUGAGAAUGGCAUCAACGGCAUAUUGGCCGAUGAAAUGGGUCUGGGCAAGACGUUACAGACCAUAUCGCUGUUGGGUUAUCUCAAGCAUUUCAAAAACCAAGCGGGACCACAUAUUGUCAUAGUGCCCAAGUCUACGUUGCAGAAUUGGGUAAAUGAGUUCAAGAAGUGGUGCCCAUCAUUGCACGCUGUGUGUCUUAUAGGAGAUCAGGAUACGCGCAAUACUUUCAUACGCGAUGUGCUGCUGCCAGGCGAAUGGGAUGUCUGUGUUACCUCCUAUGAGAUGUGCAUACGUGAGAAGUCUGUAUUUAAAAAGUUUAAUUGGCGCUACAUGGUCAUCGACGAGGCGCAUCGUAUUAAGAACGAAAAGUCCAAAUUGUCGGAGAUACUGCGUGAGUUCAAGACUGCCAAUCGUCUGCUCAUUACGGGUACUCCGUUGCAAAAUAAUCUGCAUGAAUUGUGGGCGCUGCUUAACUUUUUGCUGCCCGAUGUGUUCAACUCCUCGGAGGACUUUGACGAAUGGUUUAAUACAAACACUUGCCUGGGCGAUGAUGCGCUUGUCUCACGUCUACAUGCGGUCCUGAAACCAUUUCUGCUGCGUCGCUUAAAGGCUGAGGUGGAGAAGCGCCUGAAGCCCAAGAAGGAAGUCAAAGUCUAUGUGGGGCUAUGCAAAAUGCAACGCGAUUGGUACACCAAAGUGUUGCUCAAGGACAUAGAUAUUGUGAAUGGAGCAGGCAAGGUGGAAAAGAUGCGCUUGCAGAAUAUUCUCAUGCAGCUGCGCAAGUGCACCAAUCAUCCGUAUCUGUUCGAUGGCGCCGAACCGGGCCCACCCUACACUACAGACACACAUCUGGUGUACAACUCCGGCAAGAUGGUCAUUUUGGAUAAGCUGCUGCCCAAGCUGCAGGAGCAGGGCUCGCGUGUGCUCAUCUUUUCGCAGAUGACACGGAUGUUGGACAUACUUGAGGAUUACUGCCACUGGCGCAACUACAACUAUUGUCGUUUGGAUGGUCAAACGCCACACGAGGAUCGUAAUCGCCAGAUACAAGAGUUUAAUGCGGAUAAUAGUGCCAAGUUUAUAUUCAUGUUGUCCACGCGUGCUGGUGGCUUGGGCAUCAAUUUGGCCACUGCCGAUGUGGUCAUUAUUUAUGACUCCGAUUGGAAUCCACAAAUGGAUUUGCAAGCCAUGGAUCGUGCGCAUCGUAUUGGUCAGAAGAAGCAAGUGCGUGUAUUUAGGCUUAUCACCGAGAGCACAGUGGAGGAGAAGAUUGUGGAGCGUGCCGAGGUCAAGUUGCGUCUGGACAAGAUGGUUAUACAAGGUGGUCGUCUGGUGGAUAAUCGCGCGCAGCUAAACAAGGAUGAGAUGCUCAACAUUAUACGCUUUGGCGCCAAUCAAGUGUUCAGCAACAAGGAAACCGACAUAACCGAUGAGGAUAUUGAUAGCAUCUUGGAGCGCGGUGAGGCCAAGACGGCGGAGCAAAAGGCCAAUUUGGAUGCCAUGGGUGAAAGCUCGCUGCGCACAUUUACUAUGGACACCAAUAAUGGCGAGGCGGCGGGCACAUCCUCCGUCUAUCAAUUCGAGGGCGAGGACUGGCGUGAAAAGCAAAAACUGAAUGCAUUGGGCAACUGGAUCGAGCCGCCCAAGCGUGAGCGCAAGGCCAAUUAUGCUGUGGAUGCAUAUUUCCGUGAAGCGCUGCGAGUAUCCGAGCCGAAGGCACCCAAAGCGCCGCGUCCACCGAAGCAGCCCAUUGUGCAGGACUUUCAAUUCUUUCCGCCACGUCUGUUUGAGCUGCUAGAUCAGGAGAUUUACUAUUUCCGCAAGACUGUGGGCUACAAGGUGCCCAAGAACACAGAGCUCGGCUCCGAGGCCAGCAAGGUGCAGCGUGAGGAGCAGCGUAAAAUUGAUGAAGCCGAACCGCUCUCCGAGGAUGAAGUACAAGAGAAGGAAAAUUUGCUCUCACAUGGCUUUACAGCCUGGACUAAGCGUGACUUCAAUCAAUUUAUCAAGGCGAAUGAGAAGUACGGACGAGAUGAUAUUGAAAACAUUGCCAAGGAUGUGGAGGGCAAGACGCCAGAGGAAGUUAUCGAGUAUAAUGCUGUGUUCUGGGAACGCUGCACCGAGCUGCAGGACAUUGAGCGCAUAAUGGGACAAAUUGAGCGCGGAGAGGGCAAAAUACAGCGUCGACUGUCCAUUAAAAAGGCGCUGGACCAAAAGAUGUCACGCUAUCGAGCGCCUUUCCAUCAGCUGCGUUUGCAAUAUGGCAACAACAAGGGCAAGAACUAUACAGAAAUUGAGGAUCGAUUCUUGGUUUGCAUGCUGCACAAGCUUGGCUUUGACAAGGAGAACGUAUACGAGGAACUGCGUGCCGCCAUACGUGCAUCGCCGCAAUUCCGUUUUGAUUGGUUUAUCAAAUCGCGCACUGCGCUGGAGCUGCAGCGUCGUUGCAAUACCUUGAUUACGCUCAUCGAGCGCGAGAAUCUGGAGCUGGAGGAGAAGGAGCGUGCCGAGAAGAAGAAGAAAGCACCCAAGACUCCAGGCGGCGGCAGCAGCAGCAGCUCAAGCACACCAGCGCCAACGCCGCAGGCCAAAGCAAACCAGAAACGCAAGAGCGAAGUCGUGGCAACCAGUUCCAAUGCCAAAAAGAAGAAGAAGUAAAUGUCUCAACCUGGACGCAUAUUAAACACUUUUCCUUUUACAUCAACAUUUGCAUGAGAUUCAGCUACGCACAGCAUUAAUUGUAGUUUAAUAGACACAAACAAACACAUACAAAAAGCUCUCACACAGACACAGACAGACACUCACACAGACAGCUAAUGCAUACUUAAUAGCAGCAUACAUACAUACAUAUAUAUUUAUAGUUUUUAGUGCGAGCCACUAAGGCCGCCAACUUAUAAUACAAGCAACAAUUUCUUAAUUUUAUACUAUAUUAUUAAAAUUAUAAUUAUACAUAUAAAUG